GCUAUUAUUGUUUUUGUUUGAAGAAAUUCAGUCUUCUUUUUCUCUUUCUCUUUCUCUUUUCAUUCUGACUAAUUGCCACAUAAAUUAUUACAUUCACACACCCUCAUUCCAACAAACAAAAAAUGAGCGCCCAAUCCAGUACCGCACCUCUCUCAGCAGCCACAUCCAAGCGUCUCCAAAGCGAGCUCAUGACCCUCAUGAUGUCCAAGCUUAGUGGAAUCUCCGCCUUCCCCCACUCCGACAACAUGCUCAACUGGGCCGGCACCAUUGAAGGAGCCGAAGGCACAGUAUACGCUGGACUCAAAUACAAGCUCCACCUCGUUUUCCCCUCUGACUACCCAGGAAAUAUUUGCUUGGAUAUUUUGAAGGAGAAGUGGUCGGCAGUGUAUAAUGUGCAGACUAUUUUGUUGUCAUUGCAGACUUUGCUUGGGGAUCCGAACCCGGAUAGUCCCCUGAAUGGACAGGCUGCACAGCUGUGGGAGGACCAGGUGGAAUAUAAGAGGGUCUUGUUGAAGCAUUACAAGGAUAACGCACAGUGAGAAAAAAUUAAAAAAAAAACCUUUUUCGCUUUUGCUUUUUUUUAGUGUUGUGA